AUGACCCGACCAAUGAUGAUGCCCUUGGACCCUACUUCUUUGCGAAACCUCACCAAUGCCAAUACACUUCGAAAUCAGCAAUACAUCUGUUCGACGGUGGAAACUCAAAUUGUAAUGCGCGAAGGCAAACGACCCGCUAGCCCCACAACGAGAGUCAAGACUCUACUCGAUAAAAAGAAGACGGAACAGGAGAAGGAAAGAGGUGAGCGAGCCGCGAGACGGACGGCAAAGCAGGAACCAGUAGAACCAAGCGACACUGAGGGAGAAGCGAAGAAACAUCCCAGAGCAGCCGGAGACGACGAAGAGUAUAAAACACCCACCAAGCCACGACAAGAAUCGGAGGGCAUGGACCUCGACGGCCAUGAUCAACUCCGGAUUAAAAAGCGCGUCAAGUGGAGCACUAAUCUUCUUCAACGCUUCGAGAUGGACGCAAACAACUUUGAGGGCAUUCGGAAACGCGCAGAAUUAUCCAAGAGCGUCGCCCUAGGGAAAAGAUCACUCACUACUCAGGUGUUACUUGAUCCUCUUGGGAAUGUCACCGAAGCGGAUAUUCCCAUUCCCAAUCUACCUCAUGAACAAGUCGUCGUCACUAGAAUCGUCUACAUCGACGAUCUACCACCCUCGGAGCGACCGAAACGGGCAACUACGACUAAGCUUACCGCACAAGAGGGCGCGGCUUGA